UUGCUUGAAAACCUCAACAAAGUCAGACGUUGCCCUUACGUGCUCUAUACUACUUUGAGCUCAUAACUCCUUGCUCUCUGAAGAGAGCGUUAUAAAAAGCAGACAGUGUUAUUUAAUAUUUAAAGAAUAGUAUGAACUAACCAACGCAAAGAGAAUAACAGUUCAGUCCAGGGGAGUGCGACACUCGACGAUUAGUGAAUGUAAUUUUCCCAAACAAGAAAAUACACAAGAUGGUGGGAACAACAAGAUUAGUUGCUUUGACAUUCCUUUUCUCACAAACAAGUGUGUAUUGGAUGAUACAUGCUGUUCCAUGGAACGAGUCCAACAUAGAACAUUCCGUCUCGUGCAGCUCUUCAAUCAACUCGUGUGGAGACAAGUCACGGUGUAUUACAAAGUUGGAAUCACAAAACGGUCAAACACAACCAAAAUGUUACUGCGAUCAACACUGCUCUACGUUGAAUGACUGCUGUUUAGAUUACGUCACUUCGUGUAGUUCUUCUAAUCAAAGAAACACAAAAUCAAGUCCUGAUCCUCGCGCACUUCAACCGCGUAACUGGAAAUGCUUUCAAUUCAGCAAACUGCCAAGAACUCCGGGAAUUUGGAUGAUUGCAAGCUGUCCUGCAAAUUUUACCGAUUUCAACAACACAAAACGCAAGUGCGAGGCUGUAGCGGAUUUACCCGUUACGUCACAAGCUACGGAUUUAUURAGUGACGUUCCGAUAUCGUCAUGUACUGGUACUGAUUGCGCUACGUUUAGAAACGUCCAUUGCGCAAAAUGUAAUGGAAUGUAUAAUCUGAUGAACAAACAACUGUUCUGGGAUAUUAAAUGGCGUUGUAAUAUUCGACCGCCUCAUUACCUAACACGUGAUCAGAAGACUCGUUUUCUAUUGGAAAACUGUCCAGAUUACCAAGUGAAGCCGAACAAGAAUAACAAAAUAAGAUACUGUUACCCUGUUGUGUCGAAUUGCACGGUGAAAACCAACUAUGGAAGCAUAAAUAACUCUAAGAUUAACAAUGAUUGCGUCCAAGGUCCAGUAAGACUUAUACAUCGCAUCAAAAACAAUCAAAUUAAACAUUACAAGAAUCCUAGUUGUCUCUUGUGCAAUGGAGAUGACCUCAACAACGCCUCGUGCGGACCAGCAGAAUUUUCCAUGCCAGUUUUCGAGCCGAAGUCGUUUGAGAUGAUUCUCCAGUUCCAGUCCAUUCCGGGUAUUAUGCCGAUCAGACCUGUCACUGCAAUCAAACCGUUAUGCGGUCAACAUCAAUUCUACGACGCGUCUCUCGAGGAAUGUCGGGAAGGAAUUCUACCAGAUCCACUGCGAUCUAUAGUUGAUACAUUCCGAAUAAAGGCGUGGUUGGCUCGUCGCGGUAGAAAUCUCGGAAAUGCUACGGGGGCUGUUUUAAUGACUUCUAUAGCGAAGAAAGUGGGCUUGUAUACAAAGGGACUAACGUUGGUUUCAAAUGAAAUAGAUGAAAAAUCCCGGGCAGUUACAUUCGAUGUUCAAACGGUUCCCGGCAACCAGGCUAAUUCAAGCUCAUCUAUUCUUAGCUUAACACGAUUGUUUGAUUUUAAGAAACCUUUUAAUAUUUCGAUUAAUGGAAGCCGGAUAUGGGAAGUAAUCAAAAUAACUCAUCGCAGGCUGACAUGCUCCAAACCUGAGAUCUACCCACCUUCCAACUUCACAAGAAAUAACACUCACUUUAAUAUCAAUAACAACACURUAAUCAACGCUGACGCAAGGGGCGUACAUUUAAUCACUCAAAAUCAUUCCAAAUAUGGUAUUUCUAUUGGUUCGCUAUUCUUGUGUAAGUCAUUCUACGCCACAGCUUGUGGACCAGGCCAAGUGCUUUUGCAGCUUCAAUCAAGUGACUAUUUAAUACAGAACGAAACGUUGCUGUUUGUGGCAGCAAAUACCCAUUAUGAGCCUAGUCAAUUUCAGCUUCAAGGAAACAGUGCUUGGGUAUGUACCAACUACUCAAACAUCACACCCACUGAGCCCAUAGUUCCUUGGAUCAGCAAGUUUGGUAAUGAUCAAGUUCUUUGGUAUUUUACAGUAUGUGGUUUGUCGUUGUCAAUCUUGUGCUUAUUCGUUCUUCUUGUCACUUAUUUUACUUUCAAAGAACUACGAACCAUGCCUGGCAAGAACCUGAUGAGUCUCGCAAUCUCGCUGUUGCUUUGCCAUUUCAUUUGGCUGCUGGGGUCUGGGGAUACCGAUAAGCCGGUGUUCUGUAGAGUGACGGCGGUGUUUCUUCACUAUUUAUUCCUCGUUUCSUUYGCUUGUACUUCAGUCAUAGCGUACGACACUAGACGAGCCUUCCCCAAGAACAGUGCAGAYAUGCCCAAUGUUCURUUCCCAGCAGCAAGCAAAACACGCUUUAUUGCUUACCURUUAUUCUCAUGGGGGGUCCCCUUGGUCUUUGUUGUCAUAUGUGUCGUCAUCGAYCAACAGGGAGAGGUCUUCAUUGGAUACGGGAAUGCGAUAAUCUGCUGGYUAACAGAUAUGAAGGCUCAGAUAUUAUUUUUCGGAGUCCCUGUUGGUAUUUUAUUACUGUAUAACCUAGUUGCCUUCGUGGUCACUGUCCAGGCUAUUCGUGCAGCUAAACUUGGCUCAAAACACCUGCACCGACAAGGCACCAAUCGCAGCCACGAGAUUAAGAUCUACUUCCGGCUGAUGACUAUUAUGGGAUUCACGUGGUUCUUUGGAUUUGGUGCGCAUGCGCUUCACAAGUUUUUAAUGUACCCAUUCGUGAUCCUGACGUCACUACACGGCGUUUACCUCGCGUUUGCAUUUGCAUUCAAGCCAUACGUCUUCAGUCUGUACAGAAACAGGUUUGCCAACUUAAACUUYCCCAAUCGAAAGUCAACCCUCUCAACGGUCGAUCUGACAACAAGCAUGAAAAGCGUGCCGUCAAAGGAAACAGAGUCAGUGUUGUAGACUCCGCGACGCCUAGCACGUUUAGCAUGGACGUGAGUUCGCAUUUCACGUGACACUUGAAGUACUAAAAUCACAGUCGGAUAAAGACCUCUCAGACAAUGAAGUGCCACGACAUGAUUCAUGCUUGACAAAUGCUUCACGACACGGAAACAUUAGAAGAGGUUUAAGAACAAGCAUGUCUCCUGCCCAUGCUUUACAUCUUAGAUUACUCUGACACAAAAACACAAUGUUUAGACGACCAUUGGYAUUGYCACGUCCCAUCCACCAGUAAACAAACUCAUUACUGAAAUCAUAGUUAGUACCAACUAUACUGAAAUCAACUGUUAUAUUAAAUACUACAAGUGCAUGUUAAACUUAUUAUGAAAACAGUCGAAUUUAAUCCGAUUUACGCAAAAAAAUGGGGACCAAAACGGGU